AUGGAAGUUAAAACUGAGUAUAAAUGGAGUGGUGCCAUACCAAUUGAGAAAUCGACCGAUGCCGAACUAUUUGCGGUGGUGUGCGAGGAAUCGCCAAUUGUGAAGCGGAUCGCGUUUUUGGUUGCAGAUGUGGUAUUUGUAAUGAAGAGAAACAUAAUUGUAUGGACGGAUUUUCCAAUCCCUCAAUUUUUCAUUGAGAUGUGCCUGAAGGCAACCGAUUGUCCUUGCAAAUCGUACCAUUCUGGUUUGAGCGAGGUGGACCGACAAGAACUGCUUACCAGAUUCAACUCGGCAGGGAAGCAGCAUUCGGGAUGA